UUCACACCGCCAGAACGAUCAUUCGCAGUCGUACAGUCUACCGGUGAGGAGAGUCCUGAAUUUUGGUGCUUCGUCCCGCGAAUUUCUGAGAGCUUCUCGCCCGUUUUUUUUUUCUUCUACCGCAUCAGCCAAAUCGCAUCGCGUGUGAAAGUGAAAUUGUGCAAAAGCGAAGAAUAGAAACGCAAAAAAAAGCUUCACCAACAAGCCGUAACAUUUUAUCCCACGAUUCGAGUGGCUACCGAGAGUGCAUCCUAUACUCCACCACCCAACAUGAAGUCAUUCCCUACCCUCGUUGUCGUCGCCACCUUUGCCGUGGUGUGCAGCCUGAACGGUUUCGCGCACGCUACCGUGGUGGAAUCGUGCGGAGCCACCCGUAGCCUGGUGCCGAUCGAGCAGAACACCGUUGACAUUAGCAACUGCGAGAAAGGGCCCUGCCGAUUGAAGCGCCGCACGACCGUUAGCAUCAACCAGAAGUUCACGCCGACGGAAGAUGUAAAGAGCCUUAGUACGACCGUGUUCGCGAAGAUCGUUGGCCUACCGUUGCCGUUCGUGGGUGUCGACGGUACGUCCGCCUGCCCGUAUCUGUUCGCGGAGGACGGCGAAACCAAACUCGAGUGCCCACUGAAGGCCGGCGUGCCGGUAGUGUACAAGCGUAGCUUCGAUGUGCUCGAAAUCUACCCGAAGAUCCCGAGCAUGACCAUCCACUGGGAGCUGCAGACGAAGAGUGGCCGAUCGAUCACAUGCUUCGAGGUGCCGGCUAAGAUUGUGUGAGCUGCGGGCUGCGGGCUCGGAGUAACGCGCAAGCGUCAGUGAAUAGCAUGCUGCUGGUCCGAUCUUUUCGGGUAGCUUUCCGAGUGAUAGGUGUAUAGGUUAGCGUGAGCUGUUGGGUUAUGACGAAGACGAAACCGCACGCAGUAAAGGGUGAUUAAUUUUUACAAAAAGGAAAA